UGGCAAAAGGCAUUUUGUAUUUCUGUUUAAUCGGUCUUCGUUAAAAUUAUUGCGUUGAAUUUUUAAUAUACCCAAGUGUCAAUUUAAUGUGAUGCGAUUUAAUAUGAAAAUAAUGUUAUUUUAAAAUGUGAAUUCUAAGAUAGAAAAAUGAAUGAAGUGUCGACACACUACGUGUCAACAUAAUUUUACCGAAGAAAGAAUUCUCCCAUAAUUUGUGUUAAUCUUUUAUGUCGAUCUUUUGCAUUUAUCUUUUGCACAAUUACAUUUGUGUUAUUUUCAAACAUAUUCAUCUUGCGUUGAAUUGAAAUUCAAAAAUUUGGGCGGACCGUGUUACAUGUGUCAAAUUUAACACAGAUUUUUUUUUACCGUGUAAAAACAAAUGCGGGAUUCCAAGAACAGGAGUACACGCGGGUCCUUCAAAAGGCGAGAGAAAAGUAUUGACGCUUGAGAUCAUCGAAAGUAUUUUAAUUAAAGACAAAAUGGCGCGAGCGAUUGCCGGAAGUUCAUUUUUACACUCAUUGUCGCGCACAAUGACACAAGCAAAAUAUCUGUCCACGCUGUAACGGUAGAAAAAGGGAAGGGAGGUAGUCAUCUAAGCGUCUAAUCGUAGAGGGGACCUGGUAGUUAAAAACAGACUAAGGUUGCCAAAGUCUCAAACACACGCGCCUUUGUCAUCGCGCGGACAUCUGCGUUCAUCUCGCAGCUUCGCGAUACGUUGGCGAGUGUUCCGGAAGCCGUGGCGGCAAGCGCGUGUCUUCUCCUUCGUCUUCGCGAGGUGUACGCGAAGUUAACGUGCGUGUGCAAAGCUGAAGAGAGGAGCAAAGUGACGAUAAAGAGAAGACGGAACCGGCCGGCGCAUUUCCUCGACUUUAUCGGAUCGAAUAAUCGUGGAGACGCGCGAAGUUUAUACACUCCGAGCGCUCGUACAUAUUUCUCUCUAUGCCACACGUCGGCUAUUUUUACUCAUCCGUGAGCUAUCACAUCCUCGAAUAGUGUCGCCCGUGUGAUUGCCGUGGAAUAUAUCCGACGUGAUCGUCGGAUCGCUCUCGACGUUUCAUUUUACCGGAAAAAACGACGGCGAAAUCUGUCGGUCUUGAAGCCGCUUCUCAUCUCGGUUCCAAACAUCGCCUUCUCGACUUUACCCGUCCGAAUAAACGAAAUCAUGAUCGACGGCGGCGAUGGCGAGAGGUCUGAGCGGUCUUCCGGAUAUAUCGUAUCUCUCCAUCUCUAUCCUGACUUUCCCGGUUCUUGCCAGCAACGGCCUUGAGAGAGAGCUCGUAGUCGAUAAAUAUUAGUUUGGUUCCGAGCGGCUUUCAGCGGAUCCAUCGCGGCAUGAAUAUAUGCGUCGAUCUCGGGAGAGAGCGAUAAAAGUGCAGUUUGCCGUUUUCUUCCUUCCCCCCCUCCCUCCCCCCUUUCUAUCCAUCUAUCUAUCCAUCUUGCUUUCUUUCUUUUUUCUUACGCAUCGACAGAAACGUCGUACGUGACGCGUUUGCAAUGGAAGCGAGAUUCCGUCGGUCUCGAUUCCGGCGACUCGACGGUAAUCGCGACGAGACCCAGAUGUAAUUACGCAGAGUCCACGUAGCUACAGAAUUUACUCAUUGUCAGUCUCGUCAACGGACACUUCCGGCACGCGUUUCUCAGCGCGUGACCCUCGAUCAUGGCGGAGACAGAAAAGAAAUACACGCACGCGUAUGGACAGCUGCGUAGACUGACCAGCACGAUAGACGGUCAAAUUAGGCAGUUGUGCUCCGAGUAUGGACUCACAGAAGAUCAGGUAGCAGAAUUCAAAGAGGCAUUUAUGCUUUUCGACAAGGACGAAGAUGGCACGAUUACGAUGGCGGAAUUAGGGGUUGUCAUGCGGUCUCUCGGUCAAAGACCGUCGGAGACGGAACUGCGCGAUAUGGUGAAUGAGGUAGAUCAAGAUGGAAAUGGUACCAUCGAGUUUAACGAAUUUCUGCAGAUGAUGUCGAAGAAGAUGAAAAGCGCCGACGGAGAGGACGAACUUCGCGAGGCGUUCCGAGUGUUCGAUAAGAACAACGAUGGCUUAAUAUCUUCGAAAGAGUUGCGACACGUAAUGACGAAUCUUGGUGAAAAGCUCUCUGAGGAGGAGGUCGAUGAUAUGAUUAAGGAGGCGGAUCUAGAUGGCGACGGAAUGGUCAACUACGAAGAAUUCGUGUCGAUUCUAAUGUCGAAAAAUUAGUUCGGGGAUCGCGAGAGAAGGUAUAGAUUCAGACAUACCAAAAGUAACGCAGGAUCCUCGACGGAGAAAAAAUAAAUGGAUCCGCCACUCAAGUUCCUCGACUGCGUAACGAGAAGUCGUUUCAUGUUCCCCAUGAAACUACCGUAUCCGAGGCCGUCAGGGGAAGAAUUAAAAGCUCAUCGACGACCGAUUGACCGCGGCAUGUAUGACGCUAUGGGAUCGCGUAAGCGAAUCGCGUGAUCGAAAUUGCGCGAUCAUACCAAUUCUAUUCUAUAUAGCUAAGGCUUCGCGAGCGACGUAUCGAAAAUUUCGCGCGUAAGUAGCGCAGAUAGAGAAUUGAGGAAGAGGAGGAAGAGGAGGGAAUCGGAAGUCUUCGGCUUCGAGCGGGACGCGCGAGUCCCGUCACGAAUAGUAAAACUUCGGCUUUACGAUCGGAAAACCCGAGAGGAGAGACUUUCUUCCGCGAAUUUUGCACAUACGUACACGCAUUAUAUACACAGAUACACCUCGCGCUCUUUCGGACUAAACAUAGACGAGUACUUGAAAUUUUUAGGUAUAAACGGUAACGUAACGUACGGUAAGAUAAAGAGAAUCCAAACGACGAAGGAGGGAGGCGCGACCCGCCGCCACCCGGAACAAUCAACCGAGCUUCGUUUAGACUUUUACGUACCCCUAAUGUUUAUCUCCCUUCCGGUAACUUUGCGGUGCGGAGAAUUUAGAAGUUACCUAGCUUUCCACGACCCUUUGAGCGCCCCCUCGCGAGAAAGUCCUGAAGUAUAUACUAGUAUACACGAUAUGUUUACGUAAUAUAUAUAUAUAUAAUAUAUAUACAUAUAUACAUAUGUUAUUAUUAUAUUAUUAUACGAUAUUCCUUUUGCGUCGCUCGUUUCUUUGAAACACGACGCGCAUGAAAGGUACCGUACUUCGAGUGUUUUUACCGCUUAUACUACACGCAGAGACGCGCGCAAAUCCAAACGUAGUGACACACAUGUACACACGUCUCCCGUCCUUGCCGUCGCCCUCUCAUCGCCAUCGCACUUCCUCGAUUGUUAGUAACUUUAGAGCGGACACGCCGACGACACGCUGAAGAGUGAUUGGCACUAUAGUCGCUUUUGCAUGUAUGUACAUAGCCACGUGAAACGACCGAUGAUCGUGGUGCCGCGUUUCUGUAAUCGAUCACCGUCGAGUUGGACGAGUCUGCCCUGGUUUGAAAAAAGUCCUUCGAAAGUCGACAGUCUAUAUGUUCGAGUUAUCGCGACAUUCCUAUGGGAACAAAUUCAAGUAGAGCUCCGUACAGCACAAAACAUUGUAGCAAUGUCGCGCUAAUGUCUUCGCGAUGUUUCUUGCAAUGUCGCUGAAAAUGUUGUAUUGUUAUGUGCUGUAUUGGGGCAUGAUUGCUACCCAAGCGUACGAGAUUUGGAGAGAUGUUCGUACGGUGUUCAUUACUUGGUUAUGUAAUACAAUAUAAGAUUUCAGCAAUAUUGCAGCAGCAUUGCAAAGUUGCUGCAACAUUGCUAAAAUAUUCUGUGCUGCAUGAUAUGAUGUAAAAAUAUCAGGUGUAACAUUGCGCAUAGUGGAAGCGGUUACAUUAGUCUUCAAAAUUUGGGGCAAAUUUCUGAUUGAUCGAUCAAGAGCGGCCAUUAAUUUGAACGACUCCGCAUCCAUAGGAAUGUUACAUUUAGCAUUUUUACAUCAUGAAUCUAACGAUCUAAACGGGAUUGUUCGUCCGCGGGCUCGUUAGUGAAGUCUUAGACUGAACUAAUGUUGCGACCAAAUGACAAUCCCUCGUUAUAUUCCCAAUGACUAUAGUUGUUCAUUAGGAUAAUUAAUAAGUACCUAUAGUCAUUAGGUAUGUGACAGUGGUUUUUAGCGAGGAUAAGAAGAGAAAGGAGAAACCCUUAACGCGGGAACAAUUCAAUCAGGAUGAUUAACGCGAAGCACAAACAUUCCUUCGUUCGCGAACACAGAGAGUUUGAGGUAUAUCCGUAUACCAUUAUGAUCCCAUCAGAGGAUGAAAAAUAUAGUACGACGACGUGUUUCCGCUGUCACACAUUCAGUACCGUUCGCCGCAUCGUCGGCGUCCGGGUUCAGAAACGUGCUAGAGAGUAAGCUACAUGCGCAUUAUAUUGUGGUAUGUAUGUACCUUUAGACGUGUUAUGUAAGAGAAAAGAAAGCUCUGCGCCUUGGCACGCGCAACAUAGACCCAUAGGUAGUAUCUAGCGACCCAUAGUGGCAGAUAAAGAAAAAGGAGGUCGCAAGUAUAAACGGUGGAGCUGUACACGUGGAUAAUUAUAUACUAUACGUGAUGUGAUGUUGCUACUACGCGAAAAGAAGAGAAAACGUGAAAUACGUUAUGGAUAGUCAUAUAUAUAUAUAUAUAUAUAUAUAUAUAUAUACAUAUACAUAUAUUUAAUACACUAUAUGUACAUAUGUCCUCUCCGCCACCCGCGCUCCACACAUCACGCCCGCACGCAUGCACGCGCGCGUAGUUCGACCCAACACAAAGCGGAAGUUAAGUACGCGCAUUUGGCAGCGCGAGUCGCGAGAGGGACGAGAGAUCGAAGUAAUAAUAAUAUGCAAGCGCAUCUGUUGCGUACCAUCAAUCGGAAUAAUUUUGUUUUAUUCUGCGCACGUAACGUGCUGUUAUUUUAUUGAAUCUUCUAUUCGUUCGUGUACACCAUACAAUUUGUGUGUCACGAUUGUUCUGCGUGUUUCUCUUGUUGUACAUGCCAAUUAUAAUUUGUGAGCCAUUAUAAAAAAUUAGAUUUCCGACAACAGAUAUGAGUGCAUGUACGCAAAUGUACGAGUGUGUGUAUACGUGCGACUAUUUUUCAGAUUUCGAGUGACUUAAUCAAAUGUUACAUUUGAUUGAACAUUUGAUUUAAAAAGAUUACAUGUUUGAUAAAUGUUUAGUGUUUGAUUAAAAAUUGCAUUGCGAAUAUUUAUUUAUGAAAAGAUUAUUUGGUAUAAAGCAAUAAUUUAAUUUUUUUUUAAUUUCUUGAAUUUUAUCAAUUUUAUAUUUGUUACUUGUAAAGUAGUAUUUAAACUGUUCAGUAAGAUAAGCCUUGUGAUAUAGAUUUUUUAAUGCAACGAUUACAGUUUCUGUCAUUGGUUUUUACAAAAGUAAAAAUACGAAAAACUACAUUAAAUGAAUUUAUAGUAAAAUUUUUUAAGGAAAGAUUAAAAUGAUCAUACUAAAUUAAAUCAAUGAAAUAUGCAAAGAAAUUAUUAUCAUAAACAUAAUUAAGGAAAGGAAUUCAAUGGAACAAACAAAAUUUUUUUAUCGUUUAAGUAUUAAUCUGCAUUUUGCAAUUUUGCUUUUUGUAUAAAAGAAAUAGAUUCACUAAUUUAGCACUAUAGCUCAAUGCGCGAGUUCAACAUCUACAACUGAAGGAGAUUUAUUAACUCGAGGAAAAAAUGUUUGAAAACUAUUAGUAAGCUCAUUGAACAAAUGUUUUGCUACAAUGAAAAUUACUAAUGCACAAGUUUUUUUUCAUUAUAAAAUUUGUUAAAAAUUUGUUAAAAAUUGUAAUUUAUGUAUUUGAUUGAUUUUUGCAAAAAGUUGUUUUGUCGUUAAGAAAUUUAUUGUGCUGUAACAAAUAUGAUUAGUUAUAAUUGCUAAUUUUAUUUAGGUGUAAAACUUUGCUACUUUAACAAAGAAAACUGGCUGUCUGCACAUUACGAUUACAGAUCUGCUGAAUCGGUAAAAUUUUUAGUUAUUUUAACAAAUUUUUUGUUUUCCAUGAUAUACGAUAGACUUCCCGCACAGCACGUAAUAUUGCAACAAUAUUGCAACAAUGUUACAAUAUUGCAGUAAUAUUACAGCGAUAUUGUAAUAUUACCGCAAUAUUGCAGCAAUAUUGUUGUUAUAUUGCAAUAUUACAUGCUGUACGGGUUAUCAGUCUCUUUACAAAUUAUUCAAAAGUUUGAAUAAUUCACAAGUGAUUUUAAAACCUUAUACCGAUUGAUUGUACGCACAUGCGCCGAAAGAUAAAACGGGAAAAUUGGAAGAAAGGAUGGAUAGUUUAUUUUAGGAGAGAGAAGUCCGGGUAAAAUGCGCGUGUUUCGAGAUCCGGGCAAUUCGAUCACUUUUCUUUCCAGAUACGAGCGAAACGUGAACAGGCGAUUGCGGCCUGAAGCACUCGCCAGACGAACCGGUGAUUGCGGGUAAAUCGAGAUAGACAAUAAAUUCUGUUGCUCUCUAAUCUGACCGUUUCACGAUUACAUUACAUUUGACGGCGAGCCUACCGUGUUAUCAUGAGGCGCGAACGCGCGUGCGAAAGGAUGGCACACCAGCGAUGGGAGUUCAGGUUGUCGAGAAUACAAUGGACUUUGAUGAUUUGAUAGAUCCGAUUGCUUGUAUAUGUGACGCGUGACGUGCGAUUAACGCGAACGUAUAUCAUAUUCGCAGGUGGUAGCUGUGGUCUUUGAUUGAGCCGUCGAUUUUUCAAACAGAGAGAAACGUGGACGGUUCUAUUGCAAAGAUGAUCCGAAUCAAAUUUUGAAGCACGAUUCAAAUAAGAGACGUAUGCUUGGUGAAUAAUUCGACGUACCUGUCUUUAGAGCUUCAGAAUUUGACGUAUAUUAUUUUCCGGGUAAACAGUUCACGUCGUGCCUCCGAUAGAAUUCUGCUGUAACGUGACGAACACAUACAUUUUGAGGCUCAAAUGCAUUAAAUUAAUUUGAAAAAUAAAAAAUAAAAAUUAAUUUUUAAAAUGAAACUUUGACUCUCACAAUUUACUUUUGUAAUUUUCCAUUAAUGUGUAUUUUUUUUAAAAAUCAGAGUCAUUUCAAGAAAUUAUAACGCUACUUUCAAAAGUGGCUAUUAAACGGAUAGCAGUCUUCUUUCGACGGCGCAUCAUAAUUUACAAAGUGUAUCAAGCGAGAGAGGAAGAGAGAGAAAAGGGAGGUGGGUUUAUGUAACCGACAUUCAAGAACAGAAGCGCUUCAAUACGCGAAAUAUACAAGCGAAAAGACAGUCGUGUUUUUGACAAUAAUAUAUUUUCUUAACGCUUAAUAUAUCUCGAAGCGAAUAUGUCCCACCGCGCAGUGUCUUUCUUUCCAUUGGGAUAGCACCGUUUCACAAUGAACAUUGAUUAUGCUUCACGAUCUCGAGAUUGAUGCUCGAGACGAUCGAUCACGCUACUCGCCGACGCUCGUAACGAAAACGUUUGUUCUUCUCUCGCGUUCGAUCGAUAACGCGAGCUACCGAAGGCACCGCGACUCGAAACACCGCGACCUGGAAAAUCGGGCACCUGAGCGAAUCAGCACGGUGAACGCGGCGACGUAAUAGAUAAGGGAGAAAGUAAAGUGUCAGCUUGAUAAUACGUCACAAAUAGUAAUGUAUAACGUCCGAACGACAAUAUCUUUAAUGGUUUAAUUGAGAACUUCGGUAAGAGCUACCGAAAGAAAAAAAAAACAGAUAUAUACGCAGGUCCGUUCCAAACACUAAGUAUCCUGAAAUUAAUAUAUGUAUACAAUGCCGACAAUGAGACAAUGAGAUAAGCCACUUCACGUCGACAGCAUGUGUCGUUAUUUGUCCGUCGCAGCGUCACGCGCACGUUAGAUUUCUUAUGCACGGAAAAGAUCAGGUUGAACGAUUUAGUAAAGCUAUAGCUUGCUGCGCGAAGUCCAACAAGGAAUUCAUGUCUGAAAGCAAUGAAUAACUUCUUAGAGCUUCUAAUUCUUUGUUACAUGAAAAAAUUACUGGUGCAACAAGUUUUCUACAUUAGCAGCAUAAGUAUGCUGCUCUAUCAACUAGUAUGUUUUUUUUUAUAAAUUUUAAUUUAUAUGUAAUAUUUCAUUGAUUUUUGCAGAAAUUUAUCUAGCUGUGUCCAACAACAAAUUUUUUCUAUUAUUAUAAUAAACGUGAUUAUAAUCGCUAAUUCUAUUUGGCGUAAAACUUGGUUAUUUUAAUAUAAAAAAUUGGCUGUCCGUAUUGUAGAUCUAUUGAAUCAAUGAAGUUCUCAGUUAUUUUAACAAAUCUUUUUUUCCGUGAUAUUGUUCGUUUAUAUCUCUCGCGUUUAAAUAAAAAUUAUUGCUCUCAUUUGUGAAUGAUGAUAGUACUACUAGUUUGUUAUGCACAGUUGGUACAAAAAAAAAAAAAAAAAAACAAUUAAGUUGAUGCAGAAUAAGUAUGGCCAGAUUGUCAGUUAUUAAUUGCCACGUAAGGAAUUAUUUUGAUUCUUGACUUCGAGUCUAGUAAAACUUUAAAGAUAGUCUUUUUUAGUGAAACUCUAUGACAAAAUUUUUUUAUGAAAUUCAAAUUUUGUUUCCAAAUCUUAUUUCAAAAUGUUUAGCACAAAACUCUGCUAGUCACGAACAAAUAUGAUGUUCGGAUUAAACGGAAAUUAAAAAUUUACUUUUAUUUUUUUAUCAUUUUUUUUUAAAUAUGAUUAAAGUUGUCCAUUAAAAAAUUCCGAUACAUAGUCACUGCAAUGAUUGAAAAAUCACCAGUAAGUGACAAUUAAAAAAAAAUAUUAAUAUAACAAGAUUUCCAACUAAUUAAUUAAUUGCAAAUUAAUUAAUAUUUUUUAAUCCCUAAUUUUUAUUCGGAUUUGAUUGAUAUAUCAUUUUUUAUUUGUAAAAAUGAUGUUAAAACGUAAUUAUAUUGUUUUCCUUUAUUUAUGAACUGCAGUAACCUUAAUUGUUUCCAAAGUUUCCGAAUUAUUUUAGAGAUUUGAGAAUGUAAAUUUGUUUACACUGAAUUUUGGAAGAAUCUUGUAACGCACGUAUAUAAUGUGACUUUUCCUUUUUUUUGUAGUAUUGGUGACAAUGCGACGUGCACAAGUGAAAGUACAAAAGGAUUGUUGAGCAUGCAGUGAGUUUCUACACUAUAUGCAUAAUCAGAAUGGAUCAUCUGACAACACGAUAGAAGAAAAUGUUAUCGCAAAAUAAAAAUGCAAGAAUCGUAUUUCUACGCUCAAAAAUGCAGGCUUUUUAGAUUUAAAUUAUAUUGAAUGCACUUUACAUUUGUUAAAAUGAUAUAAUUAUCCUAACUGUUUGAGGGGUACAAGAAGUCAAUGAGCAUUUGGUACAUUUAUGCGAUUUUAGCCAGACAAUUGUUAAAUUAAAAUAAUUGUCAUUUUAAUCACAUUCUAGCGAUAUAAAAACUAAUAACGAUAUUGUACCAUUAGUAACAUUUGAUAGUCAUUAUUACAUGGUACAUGAAUUGUUCCUAUCGGCCCUCAAAAAGUCAGGAGUUCGACGUUUGUGCUCGACGUGAAGAAUUCUCUUUCUCCCCUUCUCCGUGGUUAUACUUCUGUUAACACGAGAAUCGAUUUCUCUGAGAAAACUUCGAAAUAUUUAUUAUUAUAUUAUCGUUUGCUCUCCAGAGCGAAAUAUUUUUAUAGUUACACUUUACGCCAAAUCCUGCUGUGCAGCGUAAUAUGAAUCAUAUGACAUUGCGUUGCAAUGCAUUGCAUUGCACUGCAUUGUAUUACAUUUUGUACAGGGUGUAUCAAAAGUCGCGCGCUUUCUUUCUGCCGCAGUCUUAUCGCAGAUCAAAAGUCAUGAUAAAUAAAUUAAAAAAAAAAAAAAAAUAAAA